AUGGCGUCAACCCAGGAAGUUGCUCGUAAUUUAUCAAAUCUAUUAGAAGGGGAGGUAACUCCUCUCCCGAAGCCCGUCAGCAGUCGCGGAGCCCCGGCGGGAGGAUCGCCGGAGGAGCCCACCCCAGGUAUCGCCAGUUCUUCAUUGGAAGGAGCAGGCACCACCAUAACCCUUACGGUAGAGCACCUCCAAGCGUUAAUCUCGGCUGCGGCCCAGGGCAAGCCCUCCGAAGGCGGAGGAGGCGCCACCGGGGAAAAACGAAAAUCGGAUGCACAAUCCGGGAGGUCGAUGGAGGAUGAUGAGCUCCAAAUGUUGCCGCCGUCAGAAAGCGAGGGAAUGGCGGGAACCCCCUUCACGGCAAGGCUGCAAUAUGGCGAGCUGCCAGCCACCUAUCGGCCCGUCACGUAUGAAUACACGGGGACCACGGACCCUUGGGAGCACCUGUCCCGCUUUGUCACGUCCGCUUCCCUUCAUAAGCUAACGGAUGGAAGAGACAGCGAGCCUUUGAGGAGCUAUGUGCAGAGGUUUAAUGCGGCGACCCUUGAAGUGCCUGUCACUAGCGAGGAGGUCCUCAUCAACGCCCUGGCACAGGGCCUGCAAAUGGGAGAGUUCUUCGAUUCCCUCUCCAAAAAAGCGCCCGUUUCCUUCAACGACCUACUCCGGAGAGCUGAAAAAUAUAUCAAUGCAGAGGAAGCGCGUCGGAGCAGGACCUUCGAGCCGGUCCCGACAAGACCCCGUUUUGAGAAUUAUGCCCCCUUGAGCACCGCCCCAUCAGAGAUCUUGACGGCCAUUGUGAAUCAUCCAAAACUCAAGUGGCCGCGUACCUAUUCAGAAGUCCCAAAGAAGCCCGCUAGUGCUGGACCUUAUUGCCGUUUCCACAAUGAGCAUGGACACUCUACCGACGAAUGUCAACACCUAAGGGAUGAAAUCGAGAGACGAAUCAGGAUGAAGAAUCUCUCGGAGUUCGUUGAGAAUAGUCCGAGAUCCACUGCCAAAUACCCACGGAAGGGAGGAAAUGGCAGUGCACAGAUUCCAGGCAGGCCGGGGAAGGACACCGACCCUCAGCCUCCCAACAAUUACAUUCACACCAUAUUCGGGGGCCCUAUGGGUGGGGAUUCGAAUCGGUCUCGAAGGGCCCACUUACGAGAACUACAGGAGUUAAGAGGGGAGCUCGCGAUGAUGUAUAGGGUAUCCAUCGCCCCACCUAUCACCUUUGGGAUAGAAGAUGAGACAGGGAUACAACAGCCGCACAACGACGCCCUAGUAAUCACGGCCAUGGUAGCAAACUACGACGUAGCAAGGAUACUGGUAGACACAGGCAGCUCGGCGGACAUAAUAUAUUACGAAUGCUUUAAACAAAUGCGGCUGAACUUCGAAGUACGGAGAGUGGAUACGGCCCUUAUAGGAUUUGCAGGGGAGGUGGUACAACCGAUGGGUGAGGUUACUCUCCCGGUGUCAUUAGGAACCGACCCCUUAAAAGCGACGCGAGCGGUAAGGUUCCUAAUUAUCGAUGCCCCGUCUUCCUACAAUAUGAUAAUGGGGCGACCCUCAAUGAAUGCAUUUGAGGCCGUCGUGUCCACAUUUCACAUGAAAAUGAAGUUCCCUGUCCUUGAUCGAGUCGGGGAAGUACGAGGAGAUCAGGAGACGUCCAGGAGAUGCUACAACCAGGCCCUCAGGGGACAACGACGCAUCAACCCCAUGGCCUGGGAUAAAGGAGCCACGCGGCAUGGGUGCGAUGAUAUCGGAAGAGCGGAGGAGAAAAGGCCUCGGGUGGACCCGGAGGAAAAAGAGGAGGCUCAUGUCCAGCCAAUGGAGGAGCUGAAGGUGAUCCAGCUCGACCUAAGCGACCCGACCCGGACUACCAAAAUAGGAACCGCGUUGAGCGCGGACAUGGCAGAGGAACUAUCAACCUUUUUGCGCCUAAAUCAGGACGUGUUUGCAUGGUCUCCUAAAGAUCUGAAAGGGAUCGACCCCACGGUGGUGGUCCACGAGCUAAACCUGAGGCCAGAGGCAAAUCCAGUCAAGCAAAAAAGGAGACAUUUUGGGCCAGAAAAGGACAAAAUUAUCGAAGGAGAGGUGCGGAAAUUGCUAGAGGCCGGGCAUAUUAAAGAAAUAAGAUUCCCGACCUGGCUGUCAAACGCGGUGCUCGUCAAAAAGGCGGAAGGGAAGUGGAGGAUGUGCAUAGAUUUCAGGGAUCUGAACCAAGCCUGCCCCAAGGACCAUUACCCACUGCCGAGGAUCGACCAAUUGGUAGACUCCACGGCGGGGUGCGCAAUGCUGAGUAUGAUGGGCGCCUCGCAGGGAUACCACCAGAUACGACUGAGCGAAAGGGACCAGCCGAGCGUAAGUUUCGUUACAUCCACGGGAACAUAUUGCUACGUCGUGAUGCCGUUCGGCCUCAAGAACGCUGGGGCAACUUACCAGAGGCUAGUGGACACGAUGUUUCGCGAACAAUUGGGUCGGAACAUGGAGGUAUAUGUGGAUGACAUGCUUGUCAAGAGUGAGGAGGCCGAGAGUCAUAUCGAAGAUUUGAAGGAAACAUUCGCAACACUGCGAAGGUACGGCAUGAAGCUUAACCCGCUCAAGUGUGCAUUCGGGGUAGAGGCAGGAAAGUUCUUAGGAUAUAUGGUGACCAAAAAAGGAGUCGAGGCAAACCCAGAGAAAAUUCGGGCGGUGAUGGAUAUGCGACCGCCUAAGAGCAUAAAGGAGGUGCAAACACUCGCAGGUAGAAUCACCGCACUAAGUCGUUUCAUUUCCCGAGCUGCCGAUGCAAGCUACCCAUUUUUCAAAAUCUUACGCAAGGGAUAUCAAUUCGAAUGGGGUGCAGAGGCCGAUCACGCCUUCGAGCAGUUGAAGGAAACCCUGGCCCGUCUUCCCCUACUCGCGAAGCCAAGAGCAGGAGAAAAACUAUAUGUAUACCUGGCUGCCGGGGAGCAGGCCGUAAGUGCCGUGCUCCUAAGCGAGCGCGAAGGGGUACAACGUCCUAUUUAUUAUGUGAGUCGAAUGCUCAAAGGGGCGGAAAGGAGGUACGCGGAGAUUGAAAAGAUAGGGAUGUCGCUUGUCGUUACCGCCCGGAAGUUAAGACCAUACUUCUUGUCGCAUUCGAUAGUGGUGAGAACCAACUUCCCAUUAAGAAGCACACUGGGCCGGAUGGACGUGUCAGGGCGGAUGGUUAAAUGGGCGGUCGAGUUGGGCCAAUUUGAUAUCGAAUACGAAUCCCGCACUGCGAUUAAGGGGCAGGCCCUAGCUGAGUUCUUGCAAGAGACAAUACGAAAAGAGCCGGAGGCCGAAUGGAAUGUUUUCAUAGAUGGAUCAUCUAAUCAAUCCGGAAGCGGGGCUGGGAUUAUGCUAGUCAGCCCCACGGGAGAAGAAUACGAGUAUGCGGUCAGGCUGACCUUUCGGGCCUCCAACAACGAGGCAGAGUACGAGGCCUUAAUAUACGCCCUCCAGUUGGCAGCAGAAGCGGGGGCGGACUGUCUAGAAGUGUAUUCCGACUCCCAAUUAGUGGUCCAACAAAUGAAAGGGGUAUUCGAGACAAAAGACGAAAGGAUGGGGGACUAUUGCGACAAAGCGAAAAGACUAUCGUCGAACUUUCGUAGGAUAAUUCUUAAACAAAUCCCAAGAAGUGAGAAUGAGAGAGCAGACUUCUUGGCUAGGGUAGGAAGCUUAUCUACAGAGUGUGGGAGCAGAAGGAUAACCAUCCUCCAAGGACACCCUCGGAGAUGCGAGGAGGUGGCCGUCGCGAGCGCCGCGGACGACUGGCGUAUGGACAUCAUUCGAUGCCUCGGAGGGUACGAACUGCCAUGUCGGCGAGAACAGAGCAAGCUUGUGGCAAGAAGUAGGGGGUUCUGCCUAGAUUGUGGUCUGCUGUACAAAAGAGGGUUCACGAGACCUCACUUGAAAUGCCUGAGCAGAGCGGAAUGA